AUGAUCAUAACGAACCAGGUACGACCGGUGCUGCACAUCUACAGCUACAGCAACUGCAGUUGCACGGCUACGGAUACAACCACAGAUACAGCUACAAUCGCUGCUGCAGUUGCAUCGACUGGCAGCAACAACGGCGUCGCCCACGACUGUCGCUAUGGCUCGGCAUUAUAUCACAAAGCUAUGAAGUACGGUAUGCCUACUGUGAGCCGCGAUCGGUCAGGUUAG